GCGACUCCCCCUUCAUUUACACCUUUCGUCCUGUCUGUCUGUCUGCUUUUCUUGAUCGCAGUCUCUCGCAAACGGCCUUGUUCGAAUCUCACAGUCCUUUUCGUACACGUUCAACGACGACUUUAUUGUUCGACACCGCGCGAGACGAAUCUACCUUGUUGUGCCAUUUCUCUUCAGAGCUCAGGCACACUCCCUCCACUCUUCAAGAAGUUUUUUAGGAUCAGAAAACCUCACCUACCGACAAAAUGUCCAAGCUUUUCAUUGGCGGCCUUGCAUGGCACACCACCGAGGAGACUCUGCGCUCCAGGUUCGAGGAGUUCGGCGCCGUCGACGAAGCCGGUCGUCGUCAAGGACCGUGA